CUACUUUUCAGUAGCUCAGCCGGACUCUGAUCUCACCAUGUUCAUCCACUGUGACCUGCUAAUACUGAUGCUUGUGCUGACUCUUGAUGGCCGAGUGCACACAGGGGAAAUCAUUGGAGGUCAUGAGGCUGUGCCGCACAGCAGGCCAUACAUGGUGCUUGUGGAGGGAUACCACGAGGAUGGUUCAACAAUAUACUGUGGUGGCUUCCUUCUGAAUGAGGAGUUUGUGGUGACUGCAGCCCACUGCCGUGCCAGGUUCUACAACAUCUUACUAGGACUUCACGAUCACCGAAAAAAAGAGGGAAUACAGCGUUUAUGUGUGAAGCAAGAAUAUCAACAUAAAGACUUCAAUACCAAUGAUUUUAAUAAUGACAUCAUGCUUCUUAAGUUGAGCUCCAAGGCACAUUUCAACAACAACGUGAAACCCAUUGCUCUCGCAGGCAAAGAUGAUGUCAAUCUGCCAAAAGCAUGUUUCACCUCGGGCUGGGGAGCAACAGGAAAGAUCAACACGUACAUGUCUCCGGUACUCAGGGAGAUCAAUGUCACACUUGUUGACAACGAGGACUGUGCUAGGGCGAACUUGUACUGCGCUGAGGGAGAGGAUGGACCGAGUAUUGGAGACUCUGGUGGUCCACUGGUCUGUGAAGAUGAAACUGCGUAUGGUGUGGUGUGCGCCGCUUUUGGACACGGAUCAAAUGAAAAUAAAUCAUAUACUAAGAUUCCUGAGUUCAGAGACUGGAUCGAUUCGAUCAUGAAUAAGCUGUGAUACACGUGUCGAUUGAUUGCUCAAAUCCCGGCAUUUUAAUUCACUGUUUGCAUUGAUGCACUGUAUCCUGCUCUUGUAUACAACAUUAUAUGCAUUGCAUAUAUUACUGCUUUGUGCAUCUUCUUGUGGCCUUGAUCAAAUGAGAACAGUUUGUUUGUACCAUCUAUUAAAACAAUAAACGGUUGC